UUGCAAAAUUCUGCGUUUUCAAGUAAGAAGAAGAAGAAGAAGAAGGAGCCGGGAAUAUCAUAUCCUCCAUCGUCCACCUUGAAGGCUUGCUUCCAAGAUUCAAGAUUUCAACGUUUCAAGCACUCCAUCUCCAUCUCCAACUCACGCUUCACCAUUGUAUCAGUUGUCUGCUAUUUCCUUGCUAAUGGCUUCAUAGCCAUUCUGAUUUUGAUAUCCCAGUUCGCCUUUUAUGGGGCUGCUCUGCUACAUAUUUUCAUCAAGAAAAGGUUUCAAUUGGGGGGAAAAACUUCUCAAUGGUUUGUGAAUAUAGCCUCUGUUUUCUGUUCAUGGAAGGUGGUAAGGGUUGUAAGAGCUAAUCCACUAAUGGUUACAGCACUUGCUGCAAUUACUUUAGCAUGCUUGGUUCAUCCAGGUUUGGGUCUACUUGUUCUCUUGCUCUCUCAUGCUUUGUGCUGUCAUACUGCUCUUUGCAGCUUCAUUUCGCAGCCAUGCAGUCAUGCACAAAGACAUGAAUUAUUUGAUUAUAAGAAAGACGGAAAUGGUGGGCCUGACAAACUUACAUUCAAACGUGAUGGAGAUCAUGACUAUCCUACUUUUGUAUCCCUCUUCCAAAUUAUCUUGAUGAGUGGGAUAAGCAAGAAUGCUUUAGAGGAGCUGUCAUCUGAAAGAAGUUCUGAUGAUCGCAUACCCCUUAUAUAUGCAAUAUCAUUAGGUUUGCCAUCCUUAAAAACACCGCUCAUUCAUGACAAUUGGUGGUCCAUGGAAUUCCACUAAUGGUGGUGAUCCAUCAGUUGAUGAUAGCUCUUUAAUUCAAACUGCAAUAAGAUAUGGAAAGGAUGUUGCGAAACUUGAUCUGCAGAACUGCAAGAAUUGGAAUCGUUUUCUUAAGGUAUAGCUUUU